AUGACACAAUCUGAUCUAGCAGUUUGGGCAAUGAAAGAAUACGGUUCUAAAAAGCCACCAUCACAAACAACAAUUUCAAGAAUAUUAAGUUCAAAAAAUGAUUUAAUUGCAUCAAAAGAAGGAGAUUUUAAAUUAGUUCGUAGAAGAAAGCAAACAAAUCCUUUAUUAAGAAAAAUAUUAACUGAAUGGGUUACUCAAGCUAUAUGGGAAAAUAUACCUAUAACAACUCCAAUAAUACAACUGACUGCUCAUGCUAUAUGGACAAGAUUACCACAACUGGGUAAAACAGGAAAUGGAGUAUUUAAUGCAAAAUGGUGUUCACAUUUUAUGAAAAAAUUAAAUAUUAAUAUAACAGGUGAUGAACAAGCCAUAAAAAAUAAUUUAAAUUAUAAAUUAAAUAAAGUAUGGAAAUUAGAUGAAAAAAUUGAAUUAAAACAAUAUCUUGAAGAUUUAAUUAUUCAAAAUAAUUAUUCCCCACAAGAUAUAUUUGUAUUAGAUGAAUUUCAAAUAUUUUAUGAAUUACCAUUAGAUCAAAUUUUUAAUGUAAGUUCAUUAGAUAAAGGAUUACCACAAUCUCAUUCAUCAAAUCAAAUUUCUUUAACUUUAUUAUUAGGUUGUAAUAUAGAUGGUUCAGAAAAAUUAUCACCAAUGAUUGUUGGAAAAUAUGACAAAUUUGAUGUUUCAAAAUCUUCAAUAAUAAAUUUAAAAUCUUUAUCAAUUGAAAAUAUUUCUUAUAAUAAUUUAAUGAAUAAAUUAACUGAAUAUUAUAACAUUUUUUAUAAAUCAAAUAAAAAUAAAUGGAUAACUUCACAAAUGUUUCAAAAUUAUUUAUUAACUUUAGAUCAUAAAUUACAUAAUUUAAAUUCAAAAAGAAAAAUUUUAAUUAUAUUAGAUGAUUGUUCAAGUCAUAGAAUUAUAAAUUUAAAUUUUCAACAUCUAAAAUUAGUCUAUUUGAAAAAUGAAACUUGUCAUAAAAAUCCUUAUAAUACAAAUUUUAGUGGUAUAAAAUUUGAUUAUUUACCAAUGAAUUUUGGUAUUAUUGAAGAAUUUAAAAUUUUAUAUAGAAAACAACAAUAUGAAGAAAUGAUAAAUUUACAACGUUAUAUAUCAAGGGGAAAUAAAUUAAAUCAAUAUGAAUUUAACACAACCACCUCAACUCCACCAUUAGAAGUUUUAUCUGAACAAAAUUAUCAUAUUCCAUUAAUUAAAGUAAUUGAAUGGAUAAACAAUGCAUGGAAUCAAGUUUCAAAAGAAUGUAUAUAUCAAUCAUGGAAAAAAACUCAUUUAUUAAAAUUAAAAGAAAAUCAAACUUGGCCAAGUCAAAUUAAUAAAUCAUAUUCAAAUAAUAUAAUUCAAAAAUUAAAUGAAAAUUUAAUUAAGUAUGAUUCUCUCAAGAAUUUUAAACAAUUAGAAUCUUUAAUGACUUAUUUAAAUGUUGUUAUUCCUUGGGAAAUUGAUGAAUUAAUUGGUUUAGUUAAUGAAAGAGGUAAAAUUACUUUAAGUUAUGCAUCAAUUGAAGAAAUUAUUGAUAGUUGUUUAUCAGAAUCAAUAAAUGAUGAAAUUCAUACUGAUUUUGAAAUUGAUGAUAUUGAACAAGAUCAUGAAUAUGAACAAGAACAAGAACAAGAACAUGAAGAAAGUCAUAAUGAUAUAGAAGAUGAAGGAUUUGUUGAAAUGAUUACAAAAGAAUAUAAAAAUUCAAAUAGAAGUCCUAAUAGUAGUAAUAAUGAUCAAAAUAAUUGGACAAUGAUUGAAACUGAUUCAAAUAAUGAUCAAAAUAAUAAUAAUAACAAAAUAUUGAGUUUUGAAAACUCAUUAGCAUCAAAUUCAGAAAAUGGAGAUUCAAUAAAUGUAGAUAAUGAUUUAGAAAAUAAAAUUAUAAAUAGUUUCCCAUUUGAAACAAACACAAACACUACAUGUACCACCAACAUCACCAAUUCAUUGAAACAUAAAUUAGAAAAUUUAGAAAAUAAUUUAAUUAAAAAUAAAAGACAUGCAAUAGUAAGUAAUCAACAAUUACAGUAUCAAAAUUAUUCAAUUUAUCAACCACAACCACAACCACUGCUACCACUGCAACCGCCGCUACAUCAAUCACUGCUACAUCAACAUCAACUACAACAUUCAUCAAAUAAUCAAAUAGAUAUAAUUCAAUCAUUAAUUAAAAUUUUGAAUUAUACUAAUACAAAUCAAAUAAAUUUAUCACAAUCAACUAUAGAUGAUUUAAAUUAUAAUUUAAGAAAUUUUGAAUCAAGAUUAAAUAGAGAUUAA